CUGCCUCUAUUGGAAAUGGGCCCCAAAAAUAGGGACUAUCAGUGAAGACUUCAAAAACCGCUUUGCCCAUCUGACAAACGAUAUGACUGCGUUUUUACCGAGAUGGCAUGGUAUUGCACAUGUUUGGCACUGUUUUAUCAGAAAUGUCGGCCAUUAUCAGGAAGGUGUAGGGGCGACGGUUGGAGAGGAAAUGGAGCAAGUCAACGGUUCCAUCUCGUUGUAUGGUAACAAAACCAAGCAUAUGACUGAAAAAAAUCGGAACGACGAGUUGACUGCAGUCAUGUUGUACCUGAACAGGGAAAGAUUACGGAGGAUGCCGACGUUUCUAGCAAAGCGGAUGACCAGGGCUCGUAUUUUAGCUGAGGCGUACGGAGCCGAGCUUAGAAGAAUGUUGCACAUAUACAAUCUGGAAGAAAAAGAUUUGGCUGCUGUUAAGGCUGGGCUGAUUAAAAUGGCUGAAGAUUCUGCUGAAAAAAAUGUAAAUGCUUCUAGUAUCCCUCGAACUAGGGCUGUUCGUCAAAGAGGCGAAAUUUUAAAAAAAGCUUCGAGAAUUAUUUCGAAAACAAAUGACUGGCAUCGCAAGGAAGCCGAUGACAUGGAGCAGUCAGAUAAGUAACUUUAGAUAAUUUCUUGAAAGGGCUUUUUCCUUGGCAAAUGGCAUCGCAAAAAGAUGAAUUAAAAAAGAAUCGACAUUUAGUAGAGACUUGGAUGCUCGCAUUUCGAUACAAAGAAGAAAUUAUUUUGCUGGAAAGUGAAAUGAAAAUGUUCCUUCUUUCAACGGAACGGUCAAUUCACUUAUUACAUGAGAGAAGAAACGAGUCCCUAGGUCAAAAUUACAACCAAAGACAUCUGCGUACAAAGGCAUUUGUUAUUCAACAAAAAUUUGCCCGUUUCAAAAAAGUGAAGGCUGAAGCCAAAGUUCUUUUUGAACUACCCGACUAUGAAAUGUACGAUGUGCUGUCCGAAUGUGAAUCCGAUAUUGAAUUCAAUGGAAAAUUUCAAAGGAAAUGGAUGAAUAUUUGAAUGAAUGAAUAAGAAAUCCUUUGCCAAGUCUGUGUAUGUUUUUAAACGUAUUCCACUCUGGAUGAUGAUGUCAUUGUUGAAUACACUGCUUUUAAAACAUUAA